AUGAAAGAACAAGGAAGUAAAGAGAAAAUCAUAACACAAUGCACUUUAAAUAGUGACGAUACUGUACUUCUGAGGAACCAGUUACAGGUUUUUUGGUGUAUGCUUCCUGUUGAAGGAGAUUAUUCAUUAGAAAAGCCUCCUACUUCUCAUAAUCAUUCUGGGAAUGAUAAGCUCAAACAUUUGCAUAUUUUAUUUCGACAUGGUGACAGAUCCCCAAUAGUUAUUAUUCCUGCCAUUUUACAAAAUAUUCCUCCUGCUUGGUCACAAGGCCUUGGAAUGCUUACAGACAAAGGUGUAGAGCAACAUUUUUUUCUUGGAAAGUGGUUGAGGUCAAAGUAUGACGGAUUUGUUCCCAGUAAAUAUAACGGUUCUAAUUAUCAUGUUCGUAGUACGGAUGUUGAUAGAACCUUAAUGUCAGCUAUGGCAAAUGCAGCUGGAUUUUAUAACCAAUCUCCCUCUCCUCUGUCCGCUUAUGGUAUCAACUGGUUCCCUAUACCUGUUCACACAAAACCUCAAGUAACAGAUGCACUUUUGGGCAUUUCACCAUGUCCUUAUCGGGAUUCAUUACAAAAAGCACAAAUGAAUAGUCAGUCAUCUAUUGAAUUUGAAAAAAAUCAUUCAGCUUUGUUUACUAAACUUACUUCUGUCGCUGGUAUUGGUCCGGUUAAUCGUCAUAAUGUAUGGUCUAUAACCGAUUUAAUCACAUGUAUGAUUGCGCAUAACAUUACUCUUCCUGACUGGUGUACAGCUGAUUUAUUAACAGAAUUAUUUGAAGUCAGCAGAUUCUAUUGGGUGAAACAAUUAUCUUCAUCAGAAGAUAUUAUUCGACUAGAGAUUGGUGUUUUCUUGCAUACAUUUGUCGUACAUAUACGUUCAAUCAUACAUGGAGAACCAUUGAAUUUAAAUAGUGAACAUACAUUAUCUACUAAGCAUAUCAUGAUUUAUUCAGCGCAUGACACAGAUGUCACUUAUAUUUUAGCUGGUUUCGGUGUUUAUGACAAUCAAUUAAUUAGUUAUGCAUCUACUGUAAUUCUAGAAUUACAUGGUCCAGAUAAAUCAAGCAAAGAAAGUGAUUAUCUUAUAAAAUUAUUGUAUAAAAAAGGUAUGACCGAUGAAACAGGAGAAUAUUUAACUUUACCAGCAUGUAAAGGUCAACCUGGCUAUAAUGGUUGCCCUGUAAAUCUUGUUUUGAAACAAAUUCAACCAUUAUUAUUGGAUACGCAUAGUUUUUUCAAAGAAUGCCGAAUCCACCCACCGGAUAAUAUAAAUUAUCGGUUACAUCCAGUUGUAUUUAUCUUUGUUGGUGCUAUAAUUUCUUCUGUAUUAAUGCUUCUAGUCUUUUGGUAUUAUUCAUUUCGUUUACGUCGUUAUAACAAUUUAGAUAUUAUGGAACAACCAAUUUUGUAA